UAAUUUAGUUUAGGGCUUCAUGAAGUUGUAAUAAUUUUUUUCUUUUGAAAAUCUCUUCUACAUUAUACGUCUCUAUACUAUAUUUAGCCUACAAUUGAUAAACGUUAUCGCAGUUCAUUUUUUUCUAUAAUCGACUACUCUUGACUAAUUUUCAUACCCUCCAUGGAGUCUAGAUCUUGGUUCGACUGAUAUUUCCUAGGAUCGUUUGAAUAUAGGUUGCCUCUGCGUGAGCUGGCCGACAAACGAUAUGGCACAAAAUAGGAUACCUUUUACUUGCAUGUAUUUAAAAUAACUAAUGCGCACAGAACUUUUCAAAAGGGAAUGUAGGCUGAUUCAGGUGACUGGUCGGAGGAUACAUUUUUGUCCUGCUAGCUGGAUAGAUUAAGCGGAUAUAUUGGAUCGCUCGGUCGCUAGCGAGUGCUCCGGAUUUCUGGUGAUACGGUAGCUGGCCACAGCCAUGGUUUUGAUGAUGGAGUCGCAAUGCGAGUAUUUUAUGUAUUUUCCUGCCGUUCCCAUUUCGGACCUGUCGGAUCCUGCUCGAUAUCGCACUCUUCCGCGUCGUAGUCACCUCUACCUCGGCGAAACAGUUCGUUUUCUGCUUGUUUUGCGGUCGCAGAAUGUUGUACCCGGGUCGGGUCCGCUGAAUGUCGCGGGCGCCGUCGACACCGGCGGGACGGAGCAUCCGAGCAGCCGCUCCUGGAGGGAGCUGGCAGACUCCCUCUGCGCCGUUGCAAGCGUUUGUCCGGGCGAUGGCAGGCAGCGAGCCCCGCCGCUGUACCACGACUACCACAGCAGCGGCGAAGAGUGCGUGGACGACACGGACGACGAAGACGCGGGAGACGUGGGCUGCACAGGUCGCGGGGGCACCAGGCACCGAGGCUUCAGAGGAUGCAAGCCGCUCCUCAUCCAUAACAGCCCCGGUAAUGGCGUGAGGGAGUUUCGCAAAGCUCCUUUGCAGUCACCUGCAGAUGAGCCAGUUGUUCUGAAUGAUGAAGUCAUCUUCCCCCUGACUGUGUCUUUGGAUAAGCUCCCAGUCAGCACACUGAAAGUGAAGAUCAUAGUGACUGUUUGGAAACAGGAAGAGGAGAAGGCUGAGAUCCAGGAACAUGGCUAUCUCCGCAUCCUUCAGCAGAAGAGCCCCUGCCAAACCUUUCGCCAGGACCUGAACCCCUUCAAAGCCCAGGUCAGCACCACCCUAAACGUCCUCCCUCCACCCACAGUGAAGUGCCAGCAGAUGACUGUGUCUGGAAGACAUCUGACUAUCCUCAAAGUGUUAAACGGGAGUUCUCAGGAGGAGGUCUGUGUGCGUGACGUUAGAAUCCUGCCAAAUUUCAAUGCCUCAUAUUUACCCAUGAUGCCUGAUGGAUCAGUACUGCUCGUUGACAAUGUGUGCCAUCAGUCAGGUGAAGUUGCCAUGGCAUCUUUCUAUAGAAUGGACAGUGAGUCUAGCCACCUUCCCAGCAUGCUCAGUGCCCUGGAGGAGCAGAACUUCCUGUUUCAGCUGCAGCUCACCGACCAGGCCCAAGAUGAUUCAAAUGAGGGCCUUGAGGUGCCGCUGGUAGCAGUCCUGCAGUGGUCCACGUCCAAGCUGCCUUUUACCAACUCCAUCUACACCCACUACAGCCUGCCCAGCAUCAGACUGGACCGGCCGCGGUUCGUCAUGACUGCCCGCUGCCCCAGCGCCGUCAGGGCCCGGGAGCACUUCCGGGUUCGCUACACUCUCCUCAACAACCUGCAGGACUUCCUAGCUGUGCGCCUUGUCUGGACACCCGAGGGUCGCGGGCAGAAGGAGGAUCCGGCAGUAAAUGCAGUCGUGUGUCAUUCUCCUCUUAGUAACCUUGGAUACUGUCGCAAAGGCAGCACUCUUUCUGUCUCAGUGGCCUUCCAGAUUCUCAAAGCAGGCCUAUUUGAGCUAAGUCAGCACAUGAAGCUGAAGCUUCAGUUCACAGCGUCUGUGUCCAACCCGCCCCCCGAAGCCCGGCCGUUGAGCCGCAAGAACAGUCCGUCCAGCCCUGCUGUCAGGGACAUCCUGGACCGCCACCAGGCCAGCCUGAGCCUGGGCCGCUCCCAGUCCUUCUCUCAUCAACAGCCCUCCAAGUCCCACCUCACCAGGACAGGCAGUGUUAUGGAGCGGCGGGCCAUCACGCCCCCGGUCGGCUCUCCCGUGGGCCGGCCACUCUACCUCCCACCUGACCGGAACAUUCUGUCUCUUGACAAGAUUGCCAAGCGCGAGUGCAAGGUGCUGGUGUUGGAGUCACAUGGCUAGACAUAGGAAGACAUGUAUACCCUAACGGCCACGCACAGGCACCAGGGCAGAUACAAUACGUACACAUCACUGGGAAUGACAGGGAGUGUCAUGAUGGAACUGUAAAUAAUUUUGAAAUUAAAGCCAUAUUGAAUGGCUUGCAAAAAAACUUGAAUUGAUGUUAUUGAAGACAUGUCAUGGUACUCAGUGUAACAUGGCAGUGACGGUGUCUUUGUAGUUUCAGUAAUGUUUAAGGAUUCAUUAAGUGUUCAUUUUAUUCUGCAUCCAUUCCUUGUUUACAUGCUGUGGAUUAAGGUCUAACAUCUCAUUUCAAAUUGUGUUUUCACUGCUUUCUGACAGACAGAUGGAAAACAGAAUGAGAACACACACAAUGAGAACACACACAAUGAGAACACACACACAAAAGUGCAUUUACUGUAAAUGGUGAGUUUUUGAAGUUUAUUUACAGGAUGUUUAAUUUAGGUCAUGCUUUGAAUUGCUUGUUGAAUUUAAGCUUAUUUUUGCAUGCACUUCACUGAGUAUGCAAUGAUUUGGAUUUGAGGAAGGACAAGAGGUAAUGGGGAAUUACAUCACCCUGCCUAAAAGUAUGUUUCUGAUGUUUGUCAGUGCGUUUACCGACUGUUCUGUAUUACAUUUGCUAUUCUCUUGCUUUCUACAGUGAAUAUGUUUUUAUUCCUUCAGACUAUUUUACAAUGAGAAUGUAAAUGUAUUUAUUUAAUUGGGGCGGGGCAGCUUGUAUUUUUUAAAAUCCACUUUCAUUCCUUUGCCCCAAGCCAUAGCAUAAUCACUCCAGUGAUUUUUAUUUGAAUUAGUUUUUCUUUUGUCCCCACAUUCCCUUGUCCCUGACAUAAGCUGCUAGUAUGUAAUGUUUAACGCAGAGUGCUGGUGUUUGUCCAAAGCUCAACAGCAGAGUGCUCAGACUGACUUUUUUCCUUGACUUUCAUGGUGAUGGCUUAGCAAUUACAGCCAGUAUGGUUGCGAAAUGUCACUCCUAAAGACCAAAAUCAUCAUUUAUGUAAUCCUGACUUUGCACCUAAACUAGUAUUUGUCGAGUGAGCUUUGUGGUCUAGUGUGUCCUUCCAUAUGAGUAAUGAUCCUAUAUAACAGUGACCUCCAUUAGUACAGGUUGUUACACACUGAAAAUAUAACUCCACAUUUAAAUUGGAAUUUAAUUUAUGGAAUGUCCCAGUGAUGAUUGACAGUAUCAUUCCUUUUUUUGGUUUGUUUACAGUAAUUUUCAUCGUAUGCCAUCUCCUUUUAUAAUAAUACUUGACAUUUAAAUAGGAACACACUCUUUACUGCACACAAACCAACCAAUGCUUGGCGAGUUGAUUAAAACGCGUUACCAUCCGUUCUGGCGCUCACUGCUGUUGUCUGACACCAUUUUGAUUUAUUAUGUGCCUGCUCUUCCAUGCUUCAUACUGCACUCUCCUGAGUACUCCUGAAAUGGAUGAUUGCUGUUUAUUCUGCCGUAACUGGUACAUGUCUGCACAUGCGGUAUAUGGUGAAAGUUGCUCUUCUGUUCAGUAUAUUUUCCUUAAUUCAUGUCUGAAUCUGCCAAAGCUAUGUGUGUUUAUGCCCCGCAUACUCAAUUUUAAUAUGAUCUCAUCAUUUCAUGGUAGAACAGUGGCUACCAACACCAUUCUGUUUUGUUAUGAUAAUCAAGUAGCCGUCGUAUAGCUUUAUCCUACACUUCAUGUCAUAGUCAAUUCAAGACUGAUUUUAUUAUACGCUCUAGAAUGUUGACAGAUUUGCAUGCACUGGCAAUGUGUGGUGAUCCAAAUGGAUGUCUCAGCCCACUGGAGUCUUAAGAAUUUUUGUUGCAUGUGAAGCUGCCUGUUUAAAACUCCUUUUGCAGUUCUUUUCAGUCAAAUGUAUAAUCAACUUGACUGACAUUGGAAAAUUGAACCAGGUCUUUAUAAAGCCAGGUCUUUAGAACAGUAGCGACACAUUUAAAUAUGCUGACACUAUUUCACUAUCAGCACCAUGAUGUUCACUUUCAGUGCUUACUCUUGUGUAUUUUGCUUGUAUGUUCACUGAAGGCUUCACUCCAUGUUUUCCAUGUUGCACAGACCAACUGCACGGAGCUCAUUGCUUUGUGAGCAUUCAUAGGAAUCUUUUUUUUUUUCACUUUCACUUUUUUUUUCACUUUUUUCACUACAUGUGCUGUUUUGGGUAGAAAAGCUAUGUUUUUGCAAUAUUUGUAUUAUUUAAAAUGUACUUCAACAAACCCAUAGAUUGCGGGUUGAUCUAUUUCAAGCUUUGGAACAUAGUACUGCUUCAUAAACAUGCUCUUUACAGAAGCCUGAGCAUAUUUUUAUUUUGUUAAUUUUAUAAUUUUUUUAUAUAUUCCAUCAGUAACAUCAAGUUGAAGCAUUUCUUAAUGAGUUAUUGAUUUUUUUUUAAAGAUCAUCUAAGCACUUUAUUUCAGUUGUUUUAACUUAUUGUUUUCUUGGAAAGAAAAUGAAAUGUCAAGUGAGUGAUCUGUUAAAGUUUUAGAAUCAUUUAUAUGUCAUAUUUAUAUGUCAUAUAUGUUAAGUUGUCUUGAAUUUUACUCUGUUAUUUAAAGUGUUUAAAUCACAAAAAGUGUUUAUAGUUUGUGAAAGUGUGUGAUAUUCAACAGGUACUGAGUUACUGCACUUGAAAUAACUGAAUAAAUGGAUUUGGGCAUAGUAUAAUUUUCA